AUGUCAUUGAAUAUAACGGUAUUGAUCUCAGGAUCAGGAACUAACUUACAAGCUUUAAUUGAUGCUGAAAAAUCCCACCUUUUAAAAGGUACCAUAACUCAAGUAAUAUCAUCCAAUGAAUCAGCCUUUGGAAUAACUAGAGCUCAAAAUGCUCAUAUAAAGUUAAUUAAAAGUCAUACUUUAAAAUCUUAUUAUAAAGGUAUACCUAAAGAUCAAACUGAACAACGUCAAGCUAAACGUGAACAAUUCAAUUUGGAUUUAGCUAAUUUAUUAAUCUAUGGUAAUAUUAAUGGUACGAAAUCAAAUGAUGAUGAUUAUAAAAAACCAGAUUUAAUCGUAUGUGCUGGUUGGAUGUUGAUUUUAUCCCCUACUGUAUUGAUACCCUUAGAAAAGGAAGGAAUAACCAUUAUUAAUUUACAUCCCGCUUUACCUGGUGCAUUUGAAGGUACUCAUGCCAUUGAUCGUGCUUGGAAAGCAGGUCAAGAUGGAGAAAUUUCAAAAGGUGGAGUUAUGAUUCAUCGAGUUAUAACUGAAGUUGAUAAAGGUGAUCCGGUAUUAGUUAAAGAAAUUGAUCUUAUUAAAUCAGAUACUUUGGAACAAUAUGAAGAUAAAGUUCAUAAAGUUGAACAUGUAGCUAUUGUUGAAGGAACUAAUAUAAUCUUACAAGAAUUAUUAAAUAAGAAGAAUUAG